AUGGUGCUGCUAAUGCUGAGCUACUUUAAUUGUUUCAUGGUGAUUUUGGGACAGGUUUUAUUACCAACUGGGAAGGCCGUUGAAGAAGUUGAACCAAAUUUCGUUGAGAUACUAAAAUGUUCUGGCGGGCUCUGGCUUUUUUACACUCGCUUUUUCUGCCCUAAACUCGGGAUUUACGCGGAUCCCGUAUGCGGAAGUGCGCAUUGUGCAUUAGCACCAUACUGGAGCAAGAAGCUCGGAAAAUGCGAUUUUAUUGCAUAUCAAGCGUCGCCUAGAAGUGGCGUAUUGAAUUUGCAUCUCGACGACGAGAAUAAGAGGGUUUUGCUUCGAGGAAAAGCCGUUGCAGUGAUGGAAGGCACCCUUUUGGUGUAA